GACUUCGUAUAAGAAGUAGCAGACUUUUUGACAUUUUUUUUUCUUAUACGAUAACAUUGGGUUGGGAGGAAAUCAGGAGAAGCUCAAUUGAAGCUUGCUCUUUUUGGUUUCUUCAAACCUGAGCUUCUCCUCUCCUCGCUGCUUCCCAUCCUGCAGUUAGAUCCACUGAGUUGGUUGAAUGGAUUCAAAUAGGCAAGAACAAAUUACUGAAGAAAUCAACCAGAAAAUUGAAUCAAACUCGGCGCCCAUAAUCCCGAGACUUAAGGAGUGUCGGAUUGAAAUCCCAUCUCUUCAUGAAAGAUUAUUAGAGCAUCAGAGAAGCCAAAGGAAAAGAAGGUUUUUUGAUUUUCUGAGAGCUCGGCCAUCUUUAGAUUGGAUUAAGAACAUUCGAUUCUCAUCGCCCCUCGCAUUCUUUCGUCGAACUGUUCACCGCAGAGAAGAAAUCUCCCUUGGAGUCCCUUCUCCUGCCGGAGUCCGCCGCCGUUUUCAUAUUCACUUUAUCAGAAAAAUCAACUUUUUAUCCCUACUAACCAUCUGCAAGGAAUGGCUCUCUCAUCCUAUGAACAUUGCUCUCCUAUUCUGGUUGAUCUGCGUCGCGGUCUCCGGCGUCAUGCUUGGUUUGCUCAUGCUUGGUCUGCUCAAUGAAGCCUUUCCAACGAAAGCUCUGCGAAAUCGGUGGAUUGAAAUCAACAACCAAAUACUCAACGCUCUCUUCACUCUCAUGAGCAUAUACCAGCACCCUGUCAUCUUCCAUCACUUGUUCAUGCUAUGUCGAUGGAGAUCCGAAGACAUCAUUGAUCUCAGAAAGAUGUACUGCAAAAAUGGAGCUCACCGUCCGAAUGAAUGGGCUCACAUGAUGGUCGUUAUCAUCCUCCUCCACAUCACUUGCAUAGCUCAGUAUGCUCUUUGUGCUGUCUAUUGGGGUUUCACUAACUUUGACAGGCCUGAGAUCCUUGAAUACUCAUUCAUUGCUUUGGGUGUUGCUUCGCCGGUUUGCGCUGGCGCUUACGCUAUUUACAGCCCUCUCGGAAGGGAGUUUGAAUCCGAAUUUAACGGAGAAUUGCAGGGUUCGAUGAAUGGUAAGGCCGGGCUGAAGCUUAAUGGCCAACGAGUCCUCGUGAGCGAGCCAGAAUGGAUCGGCGGGCUAUUUGAUUGCUUCGAUGACGUGCCAGUGGCGUAUCUCUCAUGUUGUUGCACUUGCUGUGUUUUUGGAUGGAAUAUGGAGAGGCUUGGAUUUGGAAACAUGUAUGUCCACAUUGUCACUUUCCUUCUGCUAUGCUUAGCUCCCUUCUGGAUAUUCAAUAUUUCAGCUCUGAAGGUUCAUGAUUAUGUUAUUGGGGAUGUGUUGGGGAUUUCAGGGAUAGUGUUGUGUGUGUUUGGAUUGAUUUAUGGGGGUUUUUGGAGAAUUCAGAUGAGGAAGAGAUUUAAGCUACCAGAAGAUAGAUUCUGCUGUGGAUCUGCUUCUUUAACCGAUUACUUCAAGUGGAUGUUCUGCUGGAGCUGUGCUUUGGCUCAGGAAGUGCGCACAGGGAACUUCUACGAUGUUGAAGAUGAUAGCCUUUUCAGAAGGCCAAGUGGGGAGGACGAGAGGCAAUCAUUGUUGAGUAGUUUUAUUAGUGAAAGUGGAUCGAGUUCAGCGGUUUCUGUCUCUCUUGAAACUAAUUUGGAGAAUCCAAAUGCAGUAAAUGUGGAAGAGAUUAGCACAACCUUGGUAGUUCCUGAUGCAACAAAUGAAACAAUUUGUUCUUUGGGCCAGGUUGAAGAAUUGAAUGAAGAGCAGAGUUUGGUUGUUGGUAUUGAUGAUAUGAUGGCUCCGCCGGUUCAGCCAUUGAUGAAGGGGGAAGGUGAAGGCCAGGAGGACUGCACAUCAUUGGUUGUUAUGGAUGAAGUAGAUGAGCCAGUUCUGCCAUUGGUGAAGGUAGAAGAUGGAAUGGCUAAUGUAGAGAAGGGUUCAUUUGUGAGAAUGAUGGAGUUUGGGCUCUUAUUUCUUGUAGUAGUAGCAUAUACAAUGGGUUCUAUCAUUGUUCAUUAGUAAAAUCAUUUGAAAUGGAUACUGUAAGUAAAAUAUUUUUAUUUUUUUAAUGAUAGAGAAGAAAGAAGGUGCCUGUAGGAAUAGUCAUACAAUUGCCUGUAAAAAGUUUAUAGCUUGUAUUUAGGAAUACAGACCCUGUAAAGAUUGUUCUGAUGCCAUGAUAUUUAGCAACUCACACAAGUAAUAUAAGGAUUCAGUUCAUAUCCA